UUUUUAUAACUAAACAGAGAGACAAAAAUUUUAAAACGCGUCUUUGCAUCUCCGAGUAAAAGCUUGACGAUAUUGCCUCGCGAUCUCCAUCGAGCUCGUAGAUCCAUCUACUCAAUUCCCGUCUCCCGUUUUCUAAUUCGCCGUCCGGUAAGACCUUCCGGUACUUGUGAAUCGGAGAAGAGAAAAGGGGGAAAAUUAUUAUCGCGUUUCCUUGGAAUUGAGUUUCUAGGGUUUUCGUGAUUUUGAUUUCGUUGAAAAAAAAGUAAUUAAACAGCUAUUUCGAAUCUGCUUAUCGUGAUUUGAUUUCUGGGGUUUUCGUUAAUUGGGUUGUUGUUUCUAGGGUUUUGUGUGUUUUCUUUAUCAUCAUCCUUUUUUGUUAUUUUUCUAUAUACGAUUCAAUUUUUUCUCAUUGGGAAGAAUACGAUGGCGGCAGGGGGAGUUGAUGUCUCUAGAAGCUCUGUUGCUGCUGCCAAAAAAGACUACGACUUUUACAGGAAUGGUUCUCGUGAUUUAUAUGUUCGACAGAGUGGUGGCAGAGAUGCUGAGAGGCGUCAUGUCAAACGGCCUAACGACCAAUAUCUCAAUGGGCGUCACCGAUCUCGGUUGGCUUAUGAGAAAGGGCAAGUUCGAGAGGAACCCGAGGUUCAGAGACCUCUUGAGAAAAGGAGAAAGUUUUCACCUAUUCUGUGGGACAAAGGUCCGUCUUGUGAGAAGAAGAAGACCAAGUCCCCGUUCCCUGUUCCAAUUGCAAAUUUGAUAUCCAAUCAGGGUGUUGAUGUAGCUGCUACUGUAAAGACUUCUUCUUUAAAGGAUCAAGUCAGUGUUGUGAUGUCACCAGUACAGCCGUUAGAAGCCCGGUUGUCUGAGAAUUAUCCUGUUGAUGAUUUGGAGGAGGGUCAGUUGGAGGAAGAACAGGUGAUGCAGGAACCUGUAAAAGAGGGUUUCUUGGAGGAAGAACAAGUGAUGCAGGAAGCACCUAUGAAAUCGAGGUGGGGGUCCCCUAAGGAGGAGUUAGUUUCUCAUGCUGAUAAUAUUUCCAGGACAAGCAGAUGGAAGAGGAGAAGUUUGACUCCUGAGUGCGGGGAAGUAAUGGUGUCUGAAGAACAUCAUUCAUCUGGAUCUGGCAGUGGAUCUCACAGCGCAGAGAAGCUUAGCGCAGAUGAUUAUUCUGAUCGUGAGUGUUGUAGUUCUGAUCAUGUUGAGGUAGAAAAUGAAGAUCCAGCUUCUUUAGAUCAGCGAGGUAUGAACAUGCUGCUUGGGAGCAGAUCUGUGAAUAACUAUCAGAAGCUUAACAAGAUAAACGAAGGAACGUAUGGAAUUGUUUACAGAGCAAGGGAUGUGGAAACAAAGGAGAUUGUGGCACUUAAAAAGAUCAAGAUGAAGGAAGAUCGGUUCGAAGAAGAGUAUGGGUUCCCUUUGACAUCGUUGAGGGAAAUUAACAUACUUCUGUCAUGCAAUCACCCUUCGAUUGUGAACGUGAAGGAGGUUGUGGUUGGAGGAAAAAAUGAUAAUGAUGUUUAUAUGGUCAUGGAACACUUGGAACACGACUUAAGGGGAGUAAUGGAUAGAAAGAAGGAACCUUUUAGCACUAGCGAGGUCAAGUGCUUGAUGAUGCAGCUGUUGGAAGGUUUGAGUUACCUCCACACGAAUUGGAUUAUCCACAGGGAUCUGAAGCCAUCUAAUCUCCUGAUGAACAAUAGUGGGGAGUUAAAAAUAUGUGAUUUUGGGAUGGCGCGCCAGUAUGGAAGCCCUAUCAAGCCGUACACCCAGAUGGUUAUUACUCAGUGGUACAGGCCACCUGAACUUCUUCUAGGAGCAAAAGAGUACUCUACAGCAGUUGAUAUGUGGUCAGUUGGUUGCAUUAUGGCUGAACUGUUGUCUCAAAAGCCUUUGUUCCCGGGCAAGAGUGAACUUGAUCAGCUUCAAAAGAUCUUUGCAGUCCUUGGAACACCAAACGAGUCAAUCUGGCCUGGAUUCUCAUCGUUUCCUAAUGCUAAAGCCAAGUUUCCUUCACAACCGUACAAUAUGUUGCUCUUUUAAGUUUGGACCCUGAGAAACGUCUAACAGUGGAAGAGGCUCUCAACCAUGGUUGGUUCCAUGAAGUCCCUCUCCCAAAAUCGAAAGAUUUCAUGCCGACAUAUCCUCCAAAGCGGUGCUGAGGGAAACUAUUAUCAUUUGGAGGAGAGGAUGUCAACAUGGGCGGCACACAGGGAAGUCGACUGGUCCUAUUUUGGUUUAUUCCUUUUUUAUACUCCAAAAAGACUUUGUUUCAUCUAUUUCUUUAACUCUGUGAUUUGCCUUGUUGCCUGGAGAUUCAGGGCAUACUACUGUACGAUUUAUACGGAUUCAUGUGUAAAUAUGAGUGUUCCGUGAAAGGUGUGUUUCUCUCUUUUCGUUUAGAACCCUAAUGAGAUGAGUUAUUGUUAUAAAAAGCAGCUAUAUACACAGUCUUGAACUGAAGAGAUAUUAGUUUUCCUUUUCAAAGUAAUUGAUGUUGGGUUGGUUAUGAUUUAUGUCCUCAUAUUUCUUUGUGCAUUGUUUUGUUUUUAUUCAUGAGGUAAACGCAAAGAGUUUUUUCACAAACGUGGAAAAGGGAAGUUGUUGACAUCAGUAAGUUUAUUUUGGUUACUUUUUAUUUACUACGCUCUAAUAUAAAAAGCUAGUUUGUUGUUCGAUGUCACUUUGUCUUUGAGUUCGUGUUUGGUCUGUUGGCAGAGAGAAGAAGAUAGUUCCUAGUGCACAUGCGUUAACAUAUUAAUGGUUUUGGGAUAUCAGCUUUUGAACGAAGCUGAGUCAAAUAAAAAUUAAAAAAUGUCUUCAACACUAAUACCUGUCCUCCUUUCUUGUUAACUCUUUUUUUUUUUUUUUUUGUAAACAACCAUAAGUUAAUCGAUUCAAUGACGAAUAAAAAGGGUUUCCAGCAUCACCUUGGUUACUUGUUACCAUGAAAAUAAAGGACUGUUUCACAACAUUGAUCAUUAUGAGAAAAGCUUCUUUUGUGAGGCAAUCUGCAAAAUGUGGAUAGCAUGGUCUUGGUGUCUGCUCCCAGUUUCUGAUCGUUACCAAUAUGUAAUUGUGCAGUUUCAGCUAUCUUUUACCCUGUAACAAAGCCUCUUUCUAGUGAGAUAACUAUUUGUAACAAAUCAUUAUCUUGAUUGUUUUAAUGUUAAUGUGGAUGGCCGA